AUGGCCUCAAAUCUUACCUCAAGUAUUUCAGAAGAGAUGUUAUGCUCUAUCUGCCUAGAUUUCUUCACUCGUGCCACGUCUAUAGAAUGUGGUCACAAUUUCUGCGAGCAAUGUAUCCUCCAGUGCAUUUAUUUGACUGAUGGGAACAGUUUUCGAUGUCCUGAGUGCCGGAAAGACUGUGUUUCUGAGAAUCUCUGGCCCAAUCAACAACUCUCCAUAGUGGCACAGUCUUUCAAAUUGCUCCAAUCACACUUGGAAAGGAGCCUGAAUCUGAGAAAAGUGAUCAAGAUAAAAUUCCAUGAGGAAAUCAGCCUGGAUCCUGAAACUGCCCAUCCUGGCAUCAUCAUAUCUACAGAUAUGAAAACCAUGAGAGAAAAAGAUUCAUGGAAGAAAUUGCAUCACACUGUGGAGAGAUCAGAUCUAUGUGGUCCUGUUCUAGCAACUCAGAGCUUCGUGUCUGGAAGAUAUUACUGGGAGGUGACAGUGGGAAACAGUUCUGCUUGGGAUGUUGGUCUUUGUAAGAACUCUGUAAAAAGAAGUGGAGAGGUUUCACCAUCUUCUUCUAAUGGAUAUUGGCUUUUGAGUCUAAGACAAAAUAACUACAUAGUGUGUACCACACCUAGGACCAGAAUUCCCUUAAGAGGAAAACUCUGCAAAGUCGGGAUCUUUUUGGAUUAUGAGGCAGGAGACAUAGUGUUUUAUGAUGUAGACAGUAGAUGCCACAUCUAUACAUUCACCAGCUCCUUUUUAGAGCCUCUCUGGCCUGUAUUUGCCAUUGGCCUCCACUCCAAGAGUGAAAAUAUUCUAAGUAUUGACCCAAUAGCAGAUGAGGCUGAAGAAACCACAGAGCAUGACGACGAUGAUCAUGAUGAUGACACUUCCUUCGUGACACUUCCUGACACUUCUUCCAGGAAGAAACCCCAUGCUCGACCCCCAUAUAUGAAUUUUUGGUUCCUGUGUUGUGAUCCAUAUACUUCAUUUGGGGAACAUGGAGAAAUUUCUCUUCUUUUGUAA